AUGCGAACUAGUGUUGCAGAACAUAUUGAGAAUGCUGGGGGAAAUAUUCUGGUCUCUUUCGAAGAGCGAAAUCCGCAUUGUCUUAUCUCGGAUCAUCCAAUGGCUGCAAAAUUAUCGAAAGCAAAAGAAGGAGAUACUAUUUUUACAAGUGAAAAGAUGCUCAAACUAAUGCCAUCUCUAAUUCGUCAAGCUGUUUCUAGAAAAGUCAAGGUUAGAACACCUGAAUCUUUCCUCGAACAGAUGGCUUCAUUCUUCAACCGUAAAGGAAAAACCACGUCAGCAACCAGUUCGCACAGUACAAUACGUGGAAGACCUAGUAUUAAUCCGAGUGCCAGACGAGAAAGUAGUGUAAAGCCGGAAAGAACCGAUAGUCAUGUUGCGCCGAGAACUUCUCGUGCUACCAGUGAGCAGCCGAAUCUGAACGACAAUAAAGAACGAGCGUUCCUGAGAAUCGAUGUGCCAUCACGGAGACCAGAUAUUCGAUUUAUCAAUAAAGAUUCGUUUGAUAAAGUAUAUUCUGGAACUGAUGGCGGUUAUUCAGUAUUCAAACCGGCAGAUGACAAUCUGAAAGAAAGGAAGAGAAAAGAAUACGAUAUGUUCGAAAAAGGUCGUUAUGAGGCGGUCAAGAAGUCAUUCAAGUUCGACGAACGGGAUUUGUACUGCCAGUUUUGCCAAAGAAAGAUUGUUGGAGAGCGGAGAGAUCACGAAAGAACUGACGAGCAUCGAAAUAAAGCUAAAUCACAGGGACUAACUCCAGCACUCGAAAGAAUUGUAAUGAAUGCUCGAAUCAGUUUACAAAGUCAUGAGAAGCGGGAAAAGUAUAAUCUGAAAAGAUCUCGCGAUAGCAUGGCUUUAGUUGAAAAAUCGAAACGAGCAAACGUCGAGUUUGAGUAUGGAGAGAACGAAAUGAAAGCAAAUUGGCAAAGAUUGAAAGUUAAUUCAAUCGAAUCCGUUCCCAAAAAAGUUUCAGGUAAGAUAGUAUAUUAUGUCUGGUGGAGAUCUGGAUGCAAUAAAUACGUGGAUAUGGGGAAGUUCACUGGAGGGCAAUCAGAAGAAAUCAAUCAGUCAUUGAGUGGCUCGAUGUCAAAUGAUGAAGUCCUUCUUCCUCUGGAAGAGGUUGACGCUUCCAACGUGGAUUCAAGACGAGAAGAAGAACACAGACAGUGUAGAGGAAAGUAA